AUGGAGUUAGAACACCUGCAGGGCAUCGGCCUGCAGACGGUGGCCACCCCUUCGUGCACAGCUGGUUUCCAGCGCGAGCCAUGCCCCGCCGCGGCCGUGGCGCCAGCAGUGCCCGCAGCUCUGCGCCGACAGGUAGAGCAGUGCAGCCGGGGCAGCGAGCACGAUGUCCCGCCCCCGGCUUUCUUGGACCUCCCCGACGUGGUCGAGACCAUCGGGGAGACCUGCUGUGAGCCGCAGCUGCUUGCGCGGCUGGGCGUGGCCAGCCGGCAGAUGCGGGAGUGCGUGGGCGGCACGGACUUUGCAUUGCGUCGCGCUGAGGAGAUGCGGCGGCGAGGCGCCGCGUGGGCGGAGGGCUGCGCGACUCUGGAACUGCUGGCCCUGGGCCUGCAGGUCCAGGAGCUCUGCAUGGGACCCACGAAGAACCAUGUGUACUUUCCGUACGGGGGCGGCACCGACCCCAGGGCGGUCACCAUGCCCCUGAUAGACGGAGCGGCGGUCGUGGGGAAGAGGUUUCCGCGCGUGCGCCUCCACGUGGACGCCCACGUUGGCAAAGCAGCGCCUGGGUUCAUCGCCAAGACUUGCUCGCUGCAUCGCGCCAGGGUGGUCCUGCGUGCCCUGGCCUCGAGGGGCGUGGCAGAGGGGCAGCUGAGCAGCACCGCGUGGGGCAAGCAGGUGCAGCUGUGCUGGUCGGAGCCCGACGACGACACCGCGGCCCGGGCGGAGGUGUACUUCAGCCUGGGCGGCCGCGAGUUCCCGCCGCGCCCUGGCUACUACGGCCUCGUGGCCAGCCCGCCCGAGCCCGAGGUGGGCCUGGGCCUGGACCCAGACCUGGAGGACCGCGACCUGCGCGAUGAGGCGGACGCCCGGCGCCGCCUGGUCGGCCUGAUCAGCCUGCGGCAGGGCCUGGCCGUGCGGCCCCGCGGGCUGCUGCAGGCCCUGCCCUUCCUGCGGCGGCUGCCCGCCUCGGGGGGCAGCACGGUGGGCGCGGCCGCCAGCCCGCCGACGGCCUAG